AUGCUCACGCGCGUCAAGUCCGCCGUGGCCAACCUCAUGGGCGGCAUCAUGGCAGGCGGCUCGGGCGCCGAGCACGGCGGCGGCUCCGAGCUGCCGCUGCGCUUCCCCUACGGGCGGCCCGAGUUCCUGGGGCUCUCGGCCGACGAGGUGGAGUGCUCGGCCGACCACAUCGCGCGGCCCAUCCUCAUCCUCAGCAAGGAGACGCGGCGCCUGCCCUGGACCACGGGCUACGCGGAGGUAAUAAAUGCAGGGAAAAGCACACACAAUGAAGAUCAAGCUAGCUGUGAAGUGCUUUUUGUCAAGAAGAAAACAGGAGGAGCUAACUCUACACCAAACAAGAAUUCAACAAAACGGAGGUCAUCGCUGCCAAACGGAGAAGGUCUCCAGCUGAAAGAAAACUCGGACACAGAUGGUAUCAACUUAUACUACUGGUCCCUGUUUGAUGGACAUGCUGGGUCAGGGGCAGCCGUCGUCGCUUCCAAACUGCUUCAGCACCAUAUCCUGGAGCAGCUGCAGGAGCUCGUGGACAUCCUGAGGAACUCGGCCAUCCUACCGCCGACCUGCCUGGGAGAGGAGCCCGAGCACCCAGCGGCCAACAGCAGGACGCUGACGCGGGCGGCCUCGCUGCGCGGCGGGGUGGGUGCCCCGGGCUCGCCCAGCACCCCUCCGACGCGCUUCUUCACGGAGAAGAAGAUCCCCCACGAGUGCCUCGUAAUCGGCGCCAUAGAAAGUGCGUUCAAGGAAAUGGAUUUACAAAUAGAACGAGAGAGGACUGUGUAUAACAUUUCUGGUGGCUGCACGGCCCUUGUUGUGGUGUGUUUAUUGGGGAAGCUCUACGUGGCAAAUGCUGGUGAUAGCAGGGCUAUAAUAAUCCGAAACGGGGAAGUCAUUCCAAUGUCUUCAGAAUUCACUCCUGAGACCGAACGCCAGCGACUUCAGUAUCUGGCUUACAUGCAGCCCCACUUGCUGGGAAAUGAGUUCACACACCUGGAGUUUCCACGGAGGGUGCAGCGCAAGGAGGUUGGCAAGAGGAUGCUCUACCGCGACUUCAACAUGACCGGCUGGGCGUACAAAACCAUUGAAGAAGACGACUUGAAGUUUCCUCUUAUAUAUGGAGAAGGCAAGAAGGCUCGGGUCAUGGCAACAAUUGGGGUGACCCGAGGACUGGGAGACCAUGACCUGAAGGUGCAUGACUCCAAUAUCUACAUCAAACCUUUCCUGUCCUCUUCUCCUGAGGUGAGAGUCUAUGACCUUCUGCAGUAUGAGCAUGGGCCAGAUGAUGUUCUCAUCCUAGCUACUGAUGGACUCUGGGAUGUGCUGUUAAAUGAAGAAGUGGCAGAAGCUGUCACUAAUUUUCUACCAAACUGUGACCCUGAUGAUCCCCACAGGUACACGCUGGCGGCGCAGGAGCUGGUGAUGCGCGCCCGCGGCGUGCUCAAGGACCGCGGCUGGAGGAUUUCCAACGACAGGCUGGGCUCCGGAGACGACAUCUCUGUCUAUGUCAUCCCUCUCAUACACGGCAACAAGCAGUCCUGAAAGCGGCCUCGCCAGUGCUUACGGGAGGGGCGGCGUUUCGGGAAGGGCCUCUGAGAGACAGUGUGUGGGUGACAGCCUGGCCAGGACUUUCCCAAUCGAUGUAUCUUAAUCUAAACUAAUGCUGGAGGGGUAUUUUUUCUGCCCGAAAAGUGGGCUCCGCACAUAUACUGUAUAUGACUAAAGAUAUCUCUUAUGAUUACAGUUCCCCUAUAGAAAUGGUUUUGGUGCUUAACAGGAACGGGAUUUAUAUGCUGCUAGUGUGUUACGGAUUCUGUGGUCCCGCCAGGUGAAGACCUGAAGCAGAAGUUAAUAUUUUUCAGUUUACCAUGUAGCUUGGAAGAGCCAUUUUAGUUGUGGAAGUAGAAAUGGGUAUCAGAAGCCAAGGAGACUCCUGAAAUCCACCCUCAAAUAUUCAGAGCAGCGACUCAGGCCACAUCUCAUUUAGAAAAGUACAUAUA